AUGAGCGUCCCUCUUUACGCGCCGACGGCCAUCCAGCAAGCUCACCCGACUCCCUUCUACAUAGAUGACAUUCUAGGGAGGCCUAAUAACACCACCGCCGCCACGUCUUCUUCAUCCUCCUCCUCCUCCAGCAGCUCCUCAACUCCGAUCAUCCCCACGCCGACUUUCCCAUCGCCCAACUCGUCCUUUACAAACUUCAUCUCACCUUACCGGACGCCUAUUUACGAACCGACGCCGAUCCACCCGGCGCUGUCUCACCACCACGCUACCGCCGCCUUCACGUACGCAUCUGCCGGGGCUUUCGGGACCCCCGUGUUCCCCUACCCGCAGCACCACCAUCACCGAGCAGUAGGGGAGUACGCACAUGCCCUGCUGAGACAUGACCCUCUCGGGAAACCUCUGCUGUGGACUCCCUUCAUCCAGCGGCCCUUACAUAAAAGAAAAGGAGGUCAGGUCCGGUUCUCGAACGACCAGACCAUCGAACUUGAGAAGAAAUUCGAAACUCAGAAGUACCUGUCACCUCCGGAGAGGAAAAGAUUGGCCAAAAUGUUGCAGCUAAGUGAACGACAGGUUAAAACGUGGUUCCAAAAUCGACGAGCAAAGUGGCGACGACUCAAACAGGAAAAUCCACAGGGAGCUAAACCUGAGGGGGAGGUCAGUAGUGCCAAAGGAGACGGGACAUCGGAACAGUCCGGGGUCCUCGAUCCAGAGCAAAGACGGACUUUGGUGGACUCUCAUCAGGUGGAAGGGGGCCACGGGGUGAGCUCCGCGUCACCACAACGGGCCUUCGGCGAACCGGAAUGGAGCCUUUCAGACGAUACAGACCUGGAACUGGACAUAGAGGAUGACGACGAAUUCACACAAACACACCAGCACUGA